GUCGGUGGUCUGCGGUGCACUCUGCUGGAUUCCGGCAAGCCUUUCCCCGGGUGUCGCUGCUGCUGUAGCCGUCGCCGCCGCCACCUCUACUCCGACCAGCCGCCGCCUGCUUUGCGGAAUCAUGGUGUGCUUCCGCCUCUCCCCGGUUCCGGGCUCUGGGCUCGUUCUGCUGUGCCUUGUCCUGGGAGCGGUCUCAUCUUAUGCAUUGGAAUUUAAUGUGACAGACUCAGAAAAAGCCGUUUGCCUUUAUGCAAAAUGGCAGAUGAAUUUCACAAUACGCUAUGAGACUACUAACAAAACUUACAAAACUGUAACCGUUUCCGACUUCAGCACUGCAUCAUAUAAUGGAAGCAUUUGUGGGGAUGAUCAGAACAAUCCCAAAAUAGUGGUGCAGUUUGGAUCUGGUUUUUCCUGGACUGUGGAUUUUACCAAGGAGGAGUCUACUUACUCAAUUGACGGCAUCUCGUUUACCUACAACACUAGUGAUAAGGCGACAUUUCCCGAUGCUAAAGAUAAAGGAAUUUUGACCGUCCGUGACGCUGUGGGAUUCAGAAUUCCUUUGAAUGACAUGUUCAGAUGCAAUAGUUUAUCAACUCUAGAGAACAGUGGUGUCGUCCAGUACUAUUGGGAUGUUCACGUACAGGCUUUUGUCCAGAAUGGUACAGUGAGCACAAAAGAGUUUCUUUGUGAAAAAGAUAAAACUUCCACCACUGUGGUGCCCAUCACCCCCACCACUGUGCCAUCCCCCACCACAGCACCUACUCCAAAGGAGAAACCAGAGGUGGGAUCCUACUCGGUUAAUAACAGCAAUGGUACUUGUCUUCUGGCUACCAUGGGGCUGCAGCUGAACGUCACUCACAAUAAGGUGGUUUCAAUUAUUAACAUCAACCCCAACGCCACGGACUUCACCGGGAGCUGCCAGCCUCGGAGUGCCCUGCUCAGCCUGAACAGCAGCAGCAUCAAGUAUCUUGACUUCGUCUUCGCCGUGAAAAAUGAAAACCGAUUCUAUCUGAAGGAAGUGAAUGUCAGUGUGUACUUGCUUAAUGGCUCUGUUUUCAGCAUCGCAAAUAACAAUCUGAGCUACUGGGAUGCCCCCCUGGGAAGUUCUUAUAUGUGCAACAAAGAGCAGACCGUUUCAGUGUCUGGAGCAUUUCAGAUAAAUACCUUUGAUCUAAGGGUUCAGCCUUUCAAUGUGAUGGAAGGAAAAUACUCUACAGCUCAAGACUGCAGUGCAGAUGACGACAGCUUCCUUGUGCCCAUUGUGGUGGGAGCAGCGUUGGCAGGAGUACUUAUUCUAGUGUUGCUGGCUUACUUUAUUGGUCUGAAGCGCCAUCACGCUGGAUAUGAGCAAUUUUAGAACCUGCAGUCUGAUCGAUGACAUAAAAAUACACGUGCAUGAGAUUUUCUUGCCUCUCCAUCUUGAAACACGUUGCUCUUUAAGAUUGAUAAUAUUGAAAUGGUAAUUCUGAAAUCAGUCCCAGCAUUUUGAGAGAAGUCUCUAUGAAUAAAGACUGUUCUCUUUUCUCAGCUGAAAAUUAAAUACUAUAUUCACUGGUCCUGAAGACGAACUGGUUAAAAACACAUCGGUGUGCAGUGUGUUAAGGUCUAUCCUAAGAGGCCUCAGCCAGAUUUUGAUCCUAAGAUGCCUUAAAUUUAUAAACAUGGCCAUUAUAAGAAUAAAAUAUGCAGUUGUCUCUCAAUGGAAUUAAUAAAUACUGUUUCACCACCGGUGUUCUGUUUUAAUGUAUGAGAACUAUCCUGAUUUAAGCUCACCACAGUACUUUUGUGUAUAGUUCAUUAAAUAAAUGUUGAUGUGACAUAAGUGCCCAUCAGAUAUGCUCAAACUUGGUUUUCAGUUGAACGUCCUCAGGACCAUCAACAUUUUUUAGGUUAUAUGACUUCUGCUGUUUUCUUUUGAGUUCAAUUUAAGGAUGGAGUCCGUAUCUCAGGCCUGUGAUUUUUUUUUCCUAGGUAAAAAACAGCCCCAAGGGGCCACAGCAGAACUUGAGCUGGCUUCAGAACUAGAGUUUUAGAAAAAUUGUUUCUUUUUCAGCAGUAGAGACUGAGAAGAUGCAAGCACAUGUAACCACUGGCCUUUUUUCCCCCUUGUGUUUUUCUCUUCUUUGGAUGCCUGAUUAGCAUUGAAAGAUAGAAAUAUUCUAUGAACUAAUUAGGACAGAUUGUGUUGUGUUUCUCUACCUCAUCUUGUUGAUCGCUAGAGCAUUAAAAUCUAUUUAGUGUUGCCAUCAGACUGCUACUUACGAAAUGUAAGCUAACGGCAAUCUCAGAAGGGAGGCAGUGAAGCAUAGCAACUAGGCUCUUGCUUCUUCAUGAAGGCCUCCGUGGGGCAGAGCAUAGAUGGGGGGGGAG